UAAUAAACAUGACUUUACCAGUUUACCACCCUUUCUGCUGACUCCCAAUCCUGUCAAAUCGCUUCUUUGGAACUUUAUCUGCCCAAGUAGCAAUAAUGCUCAACCUCAUUAAUUAGGCUUAAAACUCCAACAAGAAGGCAUGUUGGUGUAAAUAAGUUAAUGGCAUGCACUUUAUUGAUGUAUCGUGAGUUCAACAAAAGGACUAGCCUGUUAAUAGUAAAAAAUGAAAUGUUCUAAUUGUAAUUAACAUUCUCCAUUUCGAUUGUCCUGCAUUGUCAAGUUACAUAUUGCAGCAAGCUUCCUGCACUACAUGGCACACUUACUAAAGCCAUAAAGUAAUAAAGCUUUCACUUUCUCAUCAAACAACCUUGUCUCAUCAUUUUCCCUGUCUUAAACUCAUAUUCUUCACUCCCCAAAUCGUCCAGCCACCAAAAUCUAGCUCCCUUUGUUCGCAUGACAAUGUAGCAGGCAGCAGGCACUUCUCAGUUUCAGCAUAUCUCACCAAAAUCCUUCAAAAUCGUUUCUUUGGUUUGGAAAAAUUAUAAUCAACCAUGGAGAUCCAUUACCAGUCGAAUCUUCUAUCAUUGUCCAACUUUCCAUUGCUACUCUCCAUCUGCUUGGCGUGGCUCUGUCAAAACAAUAACCUGAAUACCCAACUAUUGAGCACUUGGAGGGGGACUUGGAGACCGCCAUGAAUGUAUUUUUUACCACAUCGUUGGGGAAGAUAUAUCCAUGCCUUCACCCAACUAUAUAAUAGUGGGUGUCACUUAUUAAAACAUCAAGUCUAGAAGAGUUCCUAGUUGUUGGCCAAUGAAAUGGGCCGCAACUUUACUUUUAUUCUGGCCCAGUGGAAGCUCCCUUUGGGGAUUCUAUCGAGUUGAGCUCAUAAUCGAGCAAAUAUCAAGCUGAGCUCGAGUUGCUUGAUUUUUUCAUGAGCCGAGCUCGAGCUUGGUAAGUCAAAGCUUGUGACGAGUUGAGCCGAGCUUGAGAUGAGAAUUUGGGCGUUGAGCUAGCCCAAAACUCGAUUAUGCUCAGGUCAUAUGUAGAGCUAGUCUCCGCCCCUCACUUGCUCCAACCUCCACAUUUACAGGCACGCAUGAUGCUAUAUUGGAAUAUAUGUGUUUGAAUCUUGCUUUUUAUCAUUAUCGGUUCGGUUUAUGUGUUUCAUUAAUCAACACUAGGGCUGAUAUUCGGUUAACGGAUUAACUGGUAACCGUACCGGUAACUAGCGGUAACCGGUAUACCGUUAAUCGGGAGCUAUUGGUAUACGGUGACAACAUUGGAGCUGUCGGUAUACCGUCUUCUAUCCGGUUAAAAACCGGCGGUUAGUCAGUAUACCCGGUAAACCGACUACGCAGCCAUCGCAGAAAGGAUUUUUCCUCGUCUCUCGACUCUGUCUCCACUCAGCAAUCUCUCCCCGUCUCCAGACUCAGAGAUUUUGCAAGUCCCUCACCGGCCACUCGUAUUAGACCAGCCCCAACUCCAGUUGCGAAGGAAAUCAGUCAACGACCACCUUCCGCCCGGCGGAUUGAAAGCGGUGGCUUUCUCAAUCCAGAUCUAAGACCGACAUAGGAUGGCAAUGAUGAAACACGCGCUGGAUGGAGACAGAGGAUUCCAUCGAUUGUUUCUGCGCUUGAGCAGCAACCAUACACUAUUUCAAUUGAUGAAUUGAAAUCUCGAGGGUUGAAUAUGAUUUCGGCGAAUCAACAAGAUUGCCUCUCCAUUGCAGCAGCGGCAACGACAGGUGGGGAGAUUGAGAAAGAGAGGAGGUGGGCGGCGAUUAGAGAAGGGAAGUAUUUGGAGGAGAGAACUGGAGAGUCGAAGAGAUGGAGAUUGGAUUUGCACGCGGAGGGAUUUGAGGCAGAGCAGCCGGAACUAAGGUGGGGGAAGAUUCCGAUCGGAGGUUGGUGGGGAGGUUUGCCCAGGUGAAGAGGAUGAGCAUGCCUACGGAGAGGAGGAAGAGGAGUCGAAGUCGAAGGCUUGCUGAGGAAAAGCUUGGAAGAGAGAACUAGGGAGUCUAAGAGAACUGGGGAGUCGAAGGCUUGCGACAGGGAGAGGAAGAAGUUUGAUGGUGGCGAUUGAAGUUGCCGGUAAUUCGGUAACCGGGUUGUUAACCGUUAGCUGGCUAGUCGGUACCCAGGUUAACCGGUUUCCACCCGGUGUCGGUUGUCGGCAGCCAUUUGGGAGGUUUCGGUAUACCGAUAAUCGGCUAACCGGUUACCGAUUAACCGGUAACCGUACCGAUUACCAGCCCUAAUCAACACAAAGUAAAAUUUUGUUUUUGGG